CUCUCUGCGCCUCGCUCCGACUCCGGCGCGCACCAAGCGGGAACCCGCGCCCGAGCCCGGGGGGCGCCGCUGCCGCUCCUCUGGGUCCCCGGUUCCCGGUCUCCGAACGCGCCGCGGCGAGGCUGCGCCCGGCAGUGGAGCCGCUGGGAGCUGCUGGGCUUUGGCGGCCGCUCGCUGCUCCGUCUGGCCGGAGGAACGGCGGGGAAGGAAGGGGAAAGCGGGGACACACACACUCGGCGCGGCGCGCGCGCACUGCACACUCGUGGCCGCGCGCCCCCGCCAAGGCGCGUCCGGAGCGAGUUUGGCCCCGCGGCUCCAGCCCCGGCACCUGCCCGCCCCCAGCGUUGCCCCCGGCCCCGGCCCGCCCGCCGCGCCCUCCGCCCUGCUGCGCCUCCCGCCCCUCCCGCCCCUCGCCUGCACUGCUCUCCCUUCGCCGUGGGGAAGCGACAACGUCCCGAUAACUUGCAGACUGUGGCGCAACUGGUCUUGGUAGCGGAGGCACCCGAAUGCUGCCCGGGUGAGAUGAGGAAGCCAAGGCCCAGCAGAGCUGAGAUGUGACUGCAGAGCUGUCCAACCCCAGUCCUGUGACCUUUCUCUGGUGCCUGAUACCUCUCAGCUUUUGAGGGCCUUUUCUCUUUCUGCAUCAUCUCUAAAGGUCCUUCUAGGAGAGAGGUGAAAGAAACCUGGGAAAGAAAACGGUCUCAACAAUGAGUAGGGCACCCAUCGCUACCAACUACAGAUGACUUGCCAUUUCAUUUACAAAGAUGUCGUCUGCUGCUGAAAAUGGAGAGGCAGCACCUGGAAAACAAAAUGAAGAAAAAACCUAUAAAAAGACUGCAUCAUCUGCUAUUAAAGGUGCUAUUCAGCUGGGAAUAGGAUACACAGUGGGUAAUCUUACUUCCAAGCCAGAACGAGAUGUUCUUAUGCAAGACUUUUAUGUGGUGGAAAGUGUGUUCCUACCCAGCGAAGGGAGCAAUCUGACCCCAGCACAUCACUACCCAGACUUUAGAUUUAAGACAUACGCUCCAUUAGCAUUCCGAUAUUUCAGAGAACUUUUUGGUAUCAAGCCUGAUGAUUACUUGUAUUCCAUCUGCAGUGAGCCUCUAAUAGAACUGUCUAACCCUGGAGCCAGUGGAUCCUUGUUUUUUGUGACCAGUGAUGAUGAAUUUAUCAUCAAAACAGUUCAGCACAAAGAAGCUGAGUUUCUUCAGAAGCUACUGCCAGGCUAUUACAUGAAUUUAAACCAGAAUCCAAGGACUCUUUUGCCAAAAUUUUACGGACUGUAUUGUAUGCAAUCAGGAGGCAUUAAUAUCAGGAUUGUGGUGAUGAACAACGUUUUGCCACGCUCCAUGAGAAUGCACUUUACAUAUGACUUGAAAGGCUCAACGUAUAAGCGAAGAGCAUCCCGUAAAGAGAGAGAGAAAUCCAACCCCACGUUUAAGGACUUAGAUUUCCUGCAAGACAUGCACGAAGGGUUGUAUUUUGAUACGGAAACAUACAACGCGCUUAUGAAAACACUUCAGAGAGACUGCCGGGUGCUGGAAAGCUUCAAGAUCAUGGACUAUAGCCUUCUGUUGGGAAUUCAUUUCCUGGACCAUUCCCUCAAAGAGAAAGAGGAAGAGACCUCACAAAAUGUGCCUGAUGCUAAGCGGCCUGGGAUGCAGAAGGUUCUCUACUCAACAGCUAUGGAAUCUAUCCAGGGUCCAGGGAAAUCUGGAGAUGGGAUAAUCACAGAGAACCCAGACACAAUGGGAGGCAUUCCAGCUAAAAGCCAUAGGGGAGAAAAACUACUUUUAUUUAUGGGCAUUAUUGACAUUUUGCAAUCAUAUAGGUUAAUGAAGAAGUUAGAACAUUCCUGGAAAGCUCUUGUUUAUGAUGGGGACACUGUUUCCGUUCAUAGACCAAGCUUUUACGCAGACAGAUUUCUCAAGUUCAUGAAUUCCAGAGUUUUCAAGAAAAUUCAAGCUUUGAAGGCCUCACCGUCUAAGAAACGGUGCAAUUCAAUCGCCGCCCUAAAGGCCACUUCACAGGAGAUUGUGUCCUCAAUUAGCCAGGAAUGGAAGGAUGAGAAGCGAGAUUUGCUGACUGAAGGACAAAGUUUUAGCAGCCUUGAUGAAGAAGCCCUGGGAUCCCGACACAGGCCAGACCUGGUGCCUAGCACUCCAUCACUGUUUGAAGCUGCUUCCUUAGCGACCACAAUUUCAUCUUCUUCCUUAUACGUCAAUGAGCACUAUCCACACGACAGGCCUACACUCUAUUCAAACAGCAAAGGGUUACCUUCCAGUUCAGCAUUUACCUUGGAAGAGGGGACCAUCUACUUGACGGCUGAGCCCAACACUCUGGAAGUGCAGGAUGACAAUGCCUCUGUGCUUGACGUCUAUUUAUAAGUGAAAAUGGUGACCACCUAAGCACAUGGAUGAGAUGUGAGCACAGUUAUGGCAGAGAAGUUUCUCCGCACCAGAAUUAUCCACAGCAACUUGGCUGAGCCCCACUACACACAGAGAAAUCAUCAACCUGACUUAAGAGUUUUCGAGAUGUCAACUUCAGGCUGAUAAGCAGAUGGGAUGUGAAAAAUACUACCCUAUUCUAUCAUUUGCUGUUGCUUGCUGAACUGUGAAGAACUGCAUGAAGUAUAUUUAAGCUGCUUUCUACACCAUUGCCAAUCACCUUUUUGGAGUUGGAAGUGCUAUUUUCCUAUGGACUUUUGCAUUAUUUCAUUGUGCAUGCAUCCAGUGAUUAUACAUAAGCAACAUAUGUAAUCUGCUUAUAUAUUUUUAAAAAUCCGUCCACACAAAUGGUAAAUUAAGUAUAAAUUAUUUUGCAAAAUUAUAGUUCAUGUCAUUGAAAGUUUAAAUUGGUUUCAUUUAAAGAUCAAUAUACUAGGUCUGCCUAUACUUUAUAGAAAACUAGCUUCUAUAAAGAUUUUUUCACUGUUUACUAGUGAAAUGAGAAAAGCAAAGCUAUUUAUAAAAGGCCUUACGUCGUGUACAUACAUCGUCUUUGAAAUAUUUGUGAUCUAGUUUAUUGCUUGUAAAACAAAUUAUAUAAUUUAUUUAGUAAAUACUACUGUAAACUAUAGUUUUGUGAGAGAAAUAAAAUAUUUUGUUCUCAA